AAAGUCAGCUUUAGGUUCCCAUAGUUUUGUACUUGAAAAUGAAAUCAUUUUAUUAUUGUUAUGUUGGGUGAAUGCCGAAUGGAUGGAUUUCGUAUGACCUCAUCGCCAACCUAAUUAUAACAUUAGUCAUUAGUUUUUAUUUAUGAGUUUUGAUACUGUGAUGUUUUAUUAAGUGAUUUUAUAAGAAUUUACAAUGCAGCAGACAGCUUUUGAUAAUAUAUUCAACAUUAUCGGGGGUUUAUCAGAAGGAAACGAAAAACCUAUGAAGCAUGGGUUUUACAAUGCAUUUGCUUUAUUUGUUUUAGCAAUAUGCUGUGUAGCAGUGUAUGUACUUUUUCUUAUAUUAGAGCCAUUUUUCAAACCCUUAUUUUGGGCAUUACUUGUCGGCUCGCUUCUCCACCCAUUUAAGUAUAAGCUUUCAAAGAAAAUCAAAACUUGGUUUGAAGACUUGGAGAAAAGAAACUCAUCUGUAAUAAGUGGUUUAAUGUUUAUACCUGUGAAUGUGGUUAACUAUGCCUCAGAUACAGUUGGAUAUCAAUUUAGAGAACAUUAUAAGACUAUAAUUGGACUAUUAUCAGCAAUAUUUGUUUUGCCAUGGCUGUACAACUCUAUACCAAGAAGUAUUUGCUGUUUGUUUUGGCAGUUUACAAACUUUAUUAGUUUUUCAACUACUCUACUCAUCAGCUUAUGCACAUCUUAUAUUACUCUCACAAUAGCCCUAGCCUAUAUAAUUAGUGUUUACACUCUAUGGAGUCCAAACCGGGCUGGAAUAUUUCAAGUGACGUCACAUAUAUUGUGGUUGGUUGUCGUGAGUUUCUUGGCAAGUCUAGCAGGAACGUACAAAGUGUACAUGUUUGUAUUGCUGCAAGUGUUUUGUGUGAUUGGCUUUGUACUUGAAGUGUUACAUGUGCACAAAGAUUUGGUGAAUAAAGACCCUGAUGUCUCCAUAAUGACUGCAAUACAAGUGGUACUAACGAACAAACCGCAUGUAAAUAGAACCGAGGAAGAAUUAAAAGAAAAAGCUGACUCUGCAAUACCUGAAGUAGACAGUGAGAUAGACUCAACCUCAGAUGAUUCACCAUCCGCCAUGUCUCCUGAGAAUGCAAUGAAAACAGGGAGUUGGGCUGAUAAUGAAACUAUACAGAACAAUCCCAGACAUGCCAAAAUCCUAUUUAAAACUAGAACUUUGUCAGAGCUACCUUUGAAUCCAAAGAUGAAAAGUUCCUUCGAUAAUCGCCUCUUGGCCUCUUUCAAGCAGAGGUCAUUGGACGAGCACUAUAUAAAAAAUAAUUUCACCGAUGAUGAAACAGCACUGUAUUUUAAACUGCUCUUCUUCGCAUGCUUCUGUAUGCUGGUUUGGAAAUACAUUUGGCUAUUGCCAAUUAUGUUGAUUUUCUUAGCGAUACAUAUUGUUAAAGUUCUCGGCAUAUUUUUUGGAGUUUGGUUAUUUAUUGCAAAUCAAUACAGUAAUGUUAAAAGUAAAAUCGUCUCCUGGUGGAGCAAUAGGGAGAGCGCAUUGUUCCCUGCUCAAAUUCGAGGUAUCCGCAAAAUGUUGUCGAUAUGCAACAGCAGUGUCAUUGAAAUGGCCUAUGAAUCCAUUGACACAGUUUCUUCCUGCAUCGUCAUCGUCGGUCUCAUUCUGUUCCUAACUGUUGCGACAGUAUUCAUAUGCAUUCAGAUAUAUUCAGAAGCUAUAGUUGUAAUCCAACUCAGUGGAAGUCUGUUGAACAGUACAUUUGUCCAGAACUCUGCACUCCACGCUUACCUCCCCGAAGGUUGGGAGGAAAAGCUUGAUUCUCUGAUCGAUAACGCGUACACCUAUGGCAGAGAAGGAAUAUCUACGGGGCUUAAACGUGUCAUGAAAGAAGGUGAUCCUGAGAACAUAGCCCGCGUUGAGCAACAAGUACUUGAGUUAUGGGACAGGGUGUACCAGAGCUGGGUGUCGGGUCACUUCGCCACUACCGUUGGACCUCAAGUAGAUGGCUCGGCUGUACAAGACUCUUGGGAUAGCUUUGUUAGUGACUUUACACAAACGCCGGGAUUGUUCGACUAUUCGGGAAUUGUGUCAUGGGUGCAAGCGAAUGUUGGCACCCUGUGCGCUAUAGCUGGUGGCAUCUGGGCACCGCUGGCCAGCAAUGUGUCACUACUGGCUGGAUCCUUGGGCGCCUUCACCUCCAUCCUGUUCAGCGGUGGUGGAGCCAUUAUCAACAUGAUCAUCAACCUGGUUGUGUUCUUCACAACGCUAUUCUAUCUACUGGCGUCGAGCAACGCGCUCUACAAGCCGGUGGAAGUCAUCACCAGAGCUCAACCGAGCUUCGGACCACGGAUAGGCAUUGCUUUAUCGGUCGCCAUUAAUCAAGUAUUCAGAGCAUCAUUCAAGAUGGCUCUGUUCUAUGGUUUAUGGACGUGGUUGGUGCAUAACUUCUUCGGUGCCAAAGUUGUUUAUCUACCAUCAGUAUUAGCAGCCGUACUUGGCGCUGCGCCAUUCCUAGGUCCGUACUUAGCUGGAAUCCCCGCAGCCCUGGAUGUUUGGCUCCAAGGUAGACCGAUGGCUGCCGUGAUGCUGCCCAUAGCCCAAGCGGCGCCCAUCGCUUUCCUGGACGCUGCUGUCUACGCUGAGAUUAAAGAUGGCGGCCACCCUUACGUAACUGGCCUUGCCAUAGCCGGCGGGAUCUUCUACCUGGGUCCCGAGGGCGCUAUCUUGGGCCCGCUUCUAUUGUGCUGCCUCAUGGUAGUCCUCAACCUUUCCUCCUCGUUCCUCAGGGACACGCCCGCAGAAGAAAGGGCUGCUUUGCACUCACGUGUCAGGUCGUUAAUGGGAUUUGACUGAAUGAGACUCGGUGCUUAUAUCUAAGGUUUGCAUGAAGGACUAAUAUUGGCUGUUGUUUUUGUCAACUACCCGCAAAUGGUAUAAUGCGUAGCCAUCUUGUAAAUGGGUACGUUUUUAUUGGCUGAGCGACUUGGUAUUGGAGCUCGUCUCUGAUUGGUCAAUGACUGACUCACUAGUUCAUUUAACGUACGAUACGAUGUGUGCGAGUCAGUACAGAUUGGAGCUUCACAGCAGGCGCAUGUUAAUAAAGCAAUUUUAACAAGUUUUACGUAUGUAGACUUUUUUAAAUUAUACUAAUACAAUUAUAGACUUAUAUCCUGUGUAUAUAAGGGUAAAGUAAAAAUCAUGUCCUGUAUUAUCAUCACUGCAUUUUGUUAUCUGCUUUAGCUGCGAGUUGGCUCCAAAACUGUUGAAGUCAAAAGUUAUAUCCGCACGUUACGGCAAAUAACACAAUUUGUCAACGGUAGAUCGUUGUACGAUUUAUUAAAUAUCAUUCACCAAGUCAGCGGAAACCGGUUAGUCUUCAAAAAUUUUAAUGUGCCAAGACGUAUUAAUAAAUGGUCACUACGAUAUAAUUAUCUGUUUGUCAUCGCAAGCAGGCGCAUUUGGUAAAAAAGGCAUAAAAGGCAUUUAUUUGCUCAAAAAUUUAUUCCUUUGGAAUUUUUUUGAUGUCAUUUUUAAUAUACUAGACACUACUACCGCUUCGGAAACAAAUGGCACUUUGAGAGAGAAGAAGUGGCACAAGUGACUCCCAGCAUUCUUUUUUUGCGCUCUUUUGAAUCAAAUAUACAAUAUUGUACUGUCAAUGCUGUAGCUAUAAAAUAAUUAUAAUCUAGUCCCAGACUGUCCGAUCACUUAGAUAUUCAGCUGUGGAGUAGUAGGAUUUGCGACAAAGAUAAUGCCUGAACAGUGGCUGGGACUUUAUUAUAAAAGUGUAUACAUUUACCCUUAUAGCUAUUAUGUAUCGUAUGAAAAACCAUUUCUAGUCUUGAAAGCGGAUUACUUUCUGGUGUGGAAAUAAUAUUUACUGCUGUCUGUGAUCAAACAAUUGAUUUACGGCCGUUUUCGAUAACGUAUCUCUAGUUACGGAUACAUUGCUGUCACCGUUUAAUGACAAGAUCUUAUCUAUCCAUUGUUAUGUCCAAUAUAGUUUAUAGUCCAAUGCUUUAUGUCGGUAGGUUAUUGAAAUGUAAGUAAGCGUAAAAGGAUAGAUUUGUCUACCUCUAGUAAGUUAAACUAAGGAUAGAUAGGUUAUUGAAAACGGCCGUUAGAGAAUGUCAAAAUUGACUCGACGGUUUACUUUUGAGAUGCAUAUGUUCGUUGAUAUUCGGAGUUUAAUUGUUGUUUUAUUUACCGAAUGCGCCUACAUGUUAAGAAUCUCGAUUUUGAACUAUAUUUUAUAAAAUGCAGAAUUUGUCUGACUGUUGUUUAUCAUUACUUAAAUAUAGUAUUAACUAUUAAUAUGUUAUUAUUUAUUGAUAAUAUGUAUUUUAUUGUGUUCGCUUUAUUUAAUAUGUUGACAUUAUUAUAUCCUAUAUUUUUCUAGUCUUUAGGUACUGUAAUUUAAGUAAAAUUAUAUGAGAAACCGAAGAUUAAUAAUCGCAUCCAUCUUUGAUGCGCACCGGAUCGCCUCGAUAUAACGGAAUUCUUCCAUGUUAUUUAUCAGUAUAAGCGAAUAAACCAAUAAUAUGCAAAAUGUUGACUAUAUCGUUGACAACACUGUCAAUACAAUGAUAAUUCUAAAGAUUUCCAAAUGUCAGACAGCCUUCCAAAUAAACCCGAAUAACGUUAUACGUCUGAAUAAACCAAUCACAAGCAAGAUGUCUUUUUGAAAACAUUUUGCAUAUUCUUGGUUUAUUUUAUACCGUUAUUUUAUAUUAAUAUUAAUUGUUUUUAAUAAACGGUUUUUUUAACCAUCAUUAAUAUAAUCCAACUAGCUUAGCUGGUGUGGGUCUGAUUUCACAAGUGCCAAAGCUAUUUCUACACUAAGAUCAAACACUCGCUGCCACCGAAUCUCUAAUUCAUCGGUGCGCUACGAAUAUGCAGCGAAAAUAUAUCCUCUGAGAUUAUUUUUUACAUGUUUAACACAACAUUGCUUUGUGACAACUGUUUAAAAAUUAUAGGCGAAGUUAAACUCGUGUUUUGUACAAAUUAAAACUCCCGCACUUACUCGACUUUAUCUAAUAAGUGUGUGAGUAUCAAUAACAUGUUAUCUUUGUAAGUUGAGAUAAAGAAUAGGGAUUCAUUAGCGCGGCCGCACACAUUAUUUAACUGGUUCCAUUUUGUUAAUUCUUUCUCCAUCCUUAGACUUUCAUACUACCCACAUUUUAUACAAAAUAUCGUGUACUUAAUAAAUAUUGUGUUCUAUUUAUUUGAUCUGGAUAUAAAUCCUGAACUAUUGAUCGAUUCAAAUUCUACGAACACGAAUCGAAUGAAAAUAGAACACAUUUAAAAAAUCGUUCAAUUUUGAAAUAUGAGUUCUAAUUAAAUAUAAUACCGUCACUUUCUUUUUCAUUUUGACAGUCAAAGAUAGCAUGUGAAAUAAUGAAACAUUAAUUUUAAAGAUGCUUUCUGCAACAAGCAAUAGAAAUGUACAGUCUGUUCCGAUCAAUUUAAAAAUCACAAAUGUAUUCAUUAAAUGUGUAACACUCGCUUUAAUCAAAGAAAAUACUAUAUUACAAAUGUAUUCAAGUGUAAGUAAUUCCUAUUCGUGUCUGCAUUUAAAAUCGAAAUCGGUGAAAUAAUGUAUGCACCGCGCUAUUGAAUAUACCUAUAUUCGAAAAUAUGACUUACGUAUGUCUUCUUUUGUCAUCGUUAAAUGUUAAGCAUCGGCCAGACCUGCGCAACAAAAGCGACUGCGAAGCGGGAAGAUACCCGCGCGGCGGUCGCCUGCCAUGAUAUUUAAAAUGGCGCCUUACACACCUACGCGACUACAACGCGAUUCGACCGCGUCUGCAGAGUGAGACGCACGCGUCUAGUGAUCAGUGAGCACAUACAUAUUUUAUCCUGGAAUCGUGUAGUGCCUGUGGCAUGGUUAGGUUUAAAUAACUUUAUUCUCAUUAAGACCUAUUGUAACUUACAUGAGAAAUUAACAUUUUAACAAUUAAAGUAGAUACUUACAAACAAUGAUUACGAAUGAAUAAUCCAUAAUAAUUGUUAGUAAUAUGUCUUUAAUAAAUUAUGUUAAUAUAAUUAUAACUAAACAGGCACAUGAUGCCGCAUAAAUGCCUUUAUAAUGGCAAACAAUGGUUUGCAGAACGAUGUUAGGGCUGCCUCGCAACUUCUUUAGCAAUGAUGCGGUUCUUUUGCGUUGGCUGGCAUGGAAGCCGUCCACCCUCGCAUCCGCAAACAUUGCCAAAGCGCUGCUAUUAAACAUAAUAUUUUACAAUCGUACUUACCGUGUGGUUUGAUGUCGCAAGGGAUAAAAGGUUUUCUAUAUCUGAAUCAGACUCCGAUGUUAAGUAGGAGAAGAAUAACCACAAUUUAAAUUCCAGUAAAAAGAUGUGAAACUGCGGCAGAAUGCACAAACAAAUGAGGUUCGCGAUUCGCGUCUUACUCUCGCGUGGCCGUUCCCAAUAUACUAUCUACAUAAAGAGAUAAAUUACUGCCUUUUACUGUCAGUAAUUAGCUCUCAGUAAUCUGAAGCUGUCCCAAAAUACCCGAUAAAUCAUUCUAAUCGCCUUAUAUUGGGACGCGUGAAUUGCAAUUUCCAUAUAAACUUCUGUCGCUGAUAAGCUAUACGUCCUCCCAUUAACAGACAGCGUGUACGGAUAAUGUGAGUUACCGUCGAUAAGUUUAUUGGGACAGAAAAGACAACGAUAGUUACGAUUUUUAUGUAAAGUAGGCCACAACCGGGGAAAGACUGAAUAUUGGGAACGGCCGUUAGUCGUGUAGGUGUGAACGUAUAGAUUCGCGUGGUGGUCGCUCCCACAUCGCGUCUCGCUUCCCACUUACUUGACGCGCAGGUGUGGCCGUAGCUUUACUUGUGAUUAAAAAUUCAAUAAUGUAUUAUUGAAUGUGGAAUAUAAUGGUGCUUAUACAAAUAGGCUGUGGUUUGUUAGAUUACGCCUAGUGGAAGGGCCUUUUGUAUUAAUAUCGAUUACUUACUAUAACCACAUAUUUAUUUCACUAGAGUACUUAUUUACUUCUUAUCGUUAGCACAAUUUAUUUAUCUAAUGUGGGUCUAUUUAAAGCAUGUCAUGUAUCUUAUAUCUUUAAACAAGCAAUUCUUGUAUAUAUAUAAUCUGAAUCUCGGAAACGGCUCCAUUUAUUUUCAUUAUAUUUAGUAUACAGGUAGUCAGGGGCGUGAAAUCGCUUUCAAUUUUAAAAAAUGUAAUUCUAUUAGAAACAGCUACAAUAACAUUAGAAUACAAAGGUAAAUUUCGCCACUAUAUUAUACAAGACUAUAAUAGCUCAGAUGGGACAUUGGGUGAUCCGGAAACCAGAAGACCCCGGUUCGAAUCCAGAGGUCCUAUUAGUUUUUUUUUUUUCAAGUUUUGUACAUUCUUAAAAAUUCAAGCAAGGCUCGUUCGUCCAGAUAUUUUAUUGUAAUACGUGAAGCAAAACUUGAGUAUUGCGCUCACAGAGUGUAAGAUUUGGCACAGUUUUUCUUAUCACACACAGUUAUUUUAUCAGUACUAAGCUCAUGAGCUAAAAACAUAUCUAUGUUUUUAGAGUCUAUUAUUGAGAAAAUUUCCAUAAUGCGAGUUAUUUUCUAUUUGAUGUUCUGUCAAUAUUCCUGCCAGAAACCUGGGAUUAUUUAUAAGUGUGCUCUUGUAAGGCCCGAUUCCUUUGAACAAGAAACGGAUAUUUUUUGGUACGUCCAGUAAUUACGCGACGUAUUUGAAACUGAUUUUCAUAAACACCAACCACCACCACCAAUUUUUAUAAUGACAUCUUAAUGAUAGAUCAUUGCUAACGGAUGAGAGGGCUAUGGAUAACUGUCACUUGUCAGUAAGAUAUUUGUAUAGAAAGAACGAUUUUAGCGUUUCUUUCUAUAAUUAGUUAAGUAUUAGGAUUUGUGCAUAUAGUUUUGAGCUUCAUUAUUAUUACGGAUACGCACGUUUUAUAUUUUUUCUCAUACCUACGCCUACUCAUAGUCGCGAUCAUGUCACGACUAUUCUGCGGUGACUUGAAAAUCUACAAUCCGUCUGUCGAAUAAUUCAUUGCUCAUUGAUGUCAAAGUUUCGGGAAAAAUGCAUCAUUUUCGUAGAAUAUGGAAUAUGUUGAAGUUCGCUUAUCUGACAGCUAGCCUCCAAUAUAUUGACUUGGAUGGAUAGCAAUCUUACGGCCGUUCUCAAUAUACUAUCUACAGAUAGAGAUAAAUUACUACCUUCUACUGUCAGUAAUUAGCUGUCAAUAAUCUGAAUCUGUCCCAAUAUACCCGAUAAGUCAUUCUUAUCGCCUUAUAUUGGGACGCUUGAAUUGCAAUUUCCAUACAAAAUUCUAUCGCUGGUAAGCUACACGUCAUCCCAUUGACAGACGGCGUGUACGGAUAAGGUGAGUUACCGUCUAUAAGUUUAAUGGGACAGAAAAGUCAACAAUAGUUACGAAUUUUAUCUCAAGUAAGAGAUAGACUGAAUAUUGGGACGUUAGUCUGUUUGGUGUAGGUAGCUUUUGCCUUUUUGUUCUAAUGGUGAAAAAAAUGGACCAAAAACAAACGUGCAAACUAUCAAAGUUCUACACAGACCUUACUGACGCAAAUAUUUAUAAUAUAAAUAAUAGUUUUGAAUACACAGUUAGCUGUCCUUUAAGUUAACGUUCAGAUAUUGCUUUUAAGUAGACCCGCCUUAGUUAAGGUUAGAAAUAUAAUACGCAUUCAACCGUAAGCCCUUACCAGUUCAAGAAGGAUCGUCCAAAAUUUAAUGAUUUUAUUGCAAAUAAGUUUUUAGCACGCUAAUAAUUAACAAGUGAUACGAGCAAAUAUAUUGUUUUGCUUUUCA